GGCGCGCGGAGAGCGCAUGCGCCGUGACGUGGCCGCGCGGUCUCCGCGCAAGGAGCGAAGCGGAGAACUCGCCGAGGGCGGCGGGCGGCCGCGUUAGUGGGGCGGGCGCGUUCUAGUUCCUGGCCAACAUAGAAAUGUUGAGUAUCUUGGCUGAAUCCUCAUGCAGAUGGAAUCAUUAUGGUCCUGUCAUUUGGAUUGAUCUGCAUGACCAGCCUGUUUACUGUAAGAACCAGCCAAAGGGACUGCUUUAAGACUCUCCAGAGGAGUGCGAGCAGCACUGAGUUCACAACAGAGCCUCGAGUUACCACAUCUCAGGAAGAGUAUGGCCACUCCCCGGAGUGCAGUCUUUUUCACAGUGGCGAUAUCCUGUGUUUGCAGCACAGUCUUCCACAGAGACCAGCAGACUUGGUUUGAAGGUGUCUUCCUGUCUUCCAUGUGCCCCAUCAACGUCAGUGCUAGUACCUUCUAUGGGAUUAUGUUCGAUGCAGGGAGCACUGGAACUCGAAUUCAUGUUUAUACUUUCGUGCAGAAAGUACAGGGACAGCUUCCAGUACUGGAAGGGGAAAUUUUUGAGUCUUUGAAACCAGGACUUUCUGCUUUUGUAGAUCAACCGAAGCAGGGCGCUGAGACUGUUCAAGAACUAUUAGAAGUGGCCAAGGACUCCAUCCCCCAAAGUCACUGGAAAAGGACCCCGGUGGUGCUGAAGGCCACAGCAGGGCUGCGCUUACUGCCAGAACAGAAAGCCCAGGCUCUGCUGUUUGAGGUAGAGGAGAUCUUCAAGAAGUCACCCUUCCUGGUUCCUGAUGACAGUGUCAGUAUUAUGGAUGGCUCCAAUGAAGGCAUAUUAGCUUGGAUUACUGUGAAUUUUCUAACAGGUCAGCUGCACAGCAAUGGGCAAGAGACUGUGGGGACCCUGGACCUGGGAGGGGCUUCCACCCAGAUCACAUUCCUGCCCCAGUUUGAGAAAACCUUGGAACAAACCCCUAGGGGCUACCUCACUUCCUUUGAGAUGUUUAACAGCACUUAUAAGCUGUAUACCCAUAGUUACUUGGGACUUGGAUUGAAAGCUGCAAGACUAGCAACCCUGGGAGCCCUGGAGACAGAAGGGAUUGAGGGACAAACCUUCCGAAGUGCCUGUCUACCAAGAUGGUUGGAAGCAGAGUGGAUCUUUGGGGGUGUGAAAUACCAGUAUGGUGGCAACCAGGAGGGGGAGGUGGGCUUUGAGCCCUGCUACGCUGAAGUGCUGAGGGUGGUACAAGGAAAGCUUCACCAGCCAGACGAGGUCCAGGGAGGCUCCUUCUACGCCUUCUCUUACUAUUAUGACCGAGCUGUCGAGACAGACAUGAUUGAUUAUGAAAAGGGAGGCGCUUUGAAAGUUGAAGAUUUUGAAAGAAAAGCCAGGGAAGUGUGUGACAACUUGGAGAACUUCACCUCAGGCAGUCCUUUCCUGUGCAUGGAUCUCAGCUACAUCACAGCCCUGUUAAAAGAUGGCUUUGGCUUUGCAGACAGCACUGUCUUACAGCUCACAAAGAAAGUGAACAACAUAGAGACGGGCUGGGCCUUGGGGGCCACCUUCCAUCUGUUGCAGUCCCUGGGCAUCUCCCAGUGAGCCAAGCCUUCCUCCAGGCCCACAUGCAGCCUCAGCCUCUCUGACAGGAGGAACAGGGGAGCCGUUUCCCUGAGCUCUUCUGGGUGCUGAAGCCCAGCAGCAGGCUUCUCAGGGAAGGGACUUUUGUAGACGGGUCUUGCCCUCGAACCGAGAGAUUUGAGCUGAAUUUUACACAUUGAAUGUGAACCAUUACCUGACCACUGGGGUGCACGGCUGGCACUAGAGCUUCAGUGAGCCACAAACAGUUCUGGAGCUCAGCCUUGGAGUGACAGCUCAGCGACAGGUCCCUAGGAACCAGUUAAAAGUCUCUUUUCUAUACCUGGGAGUGCCUCAUUCCUUGGAAAUUGUAAUUGUCCUCUUAUAUGCUAAAUUAAGCCAGUUUAUUUCUAUCUUGUGACCUAUGAAUGCCAGUGUCUCUUUCCUCCCUCUGUACUGUCCUGUCCUCACCUUUAGUGCACCCUUUUGCUCUGAGAGAAAAAAAUGCCUGGUUUUGCUUUCUAUAUGUAAUAUUUAAAAAAAAAAAAAAAGAAAGAAGAAAGGUGCUGUAUCAGAUGGCAGGCUAGGGAAAGAGGCUCUGCAGCCGGGGGAGUGGUGCUGCCUCGCCUGUCUCCCCAGCUCCCGGCACUGUCAGGCUGAGCUCCAGGAGGAUGCCAAGUCUGAGCCUAGACCUUGUCUCAAAAUACAUAAUGAAUGGGGCUGGGGAUGAGCUCAAUGAAAAGGCCCUGGGCUCAGUGUCUAAUAUCACACAAAAUAAAUGAAGAGAAGAGAGCUGGGUGCUGUGGCAAGCAUCUGUAACGCCAGCUACUUGGGAGCUUAGGCAAGAGGAUCACAAAUUCAAGGCCCCAUUGGGCAGUUUAGUAAGACCUUGUCUCAAAAAAUGAAGAGGACUGACUAGGGCUGUAGCUCACUGGUAAAGUGCUUGCCUGUAUGCAUAAGGCCUGGGUUCAGUGUUUUUUUUUUUUUUUUAAAAGAUGCCACUCUGUCUAUAGGGACAUAUUUUGGGAGAAUGUGGCCACUUUUUAUUGCUUAUCUUGUGUAGUCAGCUUUUUCUUGGUCAGUGGUAGGAUUAAUGAACAUUUCCAACGUUACACAUAUGUGUGUAUUCAGUGCCAGGGCCACCUCCCAGGCCAAUAUGUUUAUAAUAUCUGUGAUCCUAAAUGUCUUUGUAUUUUUAAGAAAUACAACUAUACACUAACUCAGUGAUGGUGAACCUUUUAGAGCUUGCAGUGAUAACAGAGCCCACGGCAACAUGUCAUAGGUUACCACCACAGCUUUUGGUCUGUGGCUAGAGGUUAGUUGUCAUGUGGGCUCUUUGAGAAACUACAGAUUCUAGGUACAGCCUUUCAGUUCACCCAUGUGUAUGCGUGCAUGCAUGUGCGUGUGCGUGUGUGUGCGUGUGUUUGAGUGCACAGGGAAUUGAGCCCAGGGCCUCACACACACUAAGCACACACUUUACCACUGAGCUACUCCCUUAGUCCUAUUUUCCCUUUUAUUCCUUAUUCCUGUUGUUUUUUAGAUGGUUGGUUGGUUGGUUGGUUGGUUUUGUAGUGCUAGGGCUCAAACCCAGGAUCUCACAAUGCUAGACAAAUACUCCACCACACUGAGCUACACUGCAGAUCAAAUCUUUUCCAUUUGUAGUGGUAUUUUCCUGGCCUGGCACUUGAUCAUUUUAACUAAGACUGAUUUGUCUAGUUCCAAGAAAGAACCCCCUUCCCAAUGAUAAACUUUUGAUUUGGUUGGCUAUUUUGGUCCGUGUUAGAACACUGGGCUAGUGUUUCCAGAGAACCAUAUUUAAUGACUUUCAGGUUCUUUUUUAAAAACUGAAUGCCUGAACCUCUUGAUUUUGUGAAGGAUUCUUCCGAAAGUCAUUAACUUUAAAAAUUUUUCACUAUCUUGUACUUUUCCUAUCUGACCGUCAUCUGCUUUUUGACUGUCUAUCCUAUUGCUGUCAAACUUGAAAGAUCUUCAGUAGUCUGGUUCCUUUGCCAUUUCCUUUCCCCCCCCCACUCCUCUUUUCUUUCUAAGAGAGUUUGCAUCUCCCUCAACUUGCAGCUUUCACAGUCACCUCCCUUUCCUUCUGUUUUUACAAAAAAUACUUGGCCCUCACACCAAUCCCUGGGAAACCUUGUUUUUUAAGCUACUCCAUUGAGUCAAUAAGCAUUUAAGGUCUGCUGUCUGUGAGAAACUAGGAAACUGGGUGGGUGGGGUUGUGACAGAUUCAGGGUGGCUUUCAACUCAAGUGUACCACCACACCCAGCUGAGCAAGGACAUUUCUGUGUCAACACCACCUCCAGUUUUAGUUGUUUAAUUCAGUGUGGAAUUUCUUCAGACUUUUCCCUCUGAUUACCAUUUCCCAUCCUGGAAGCAUCUGUGUUGCCCAGGUGGGCCUUGAACUCCCAGGCUCAAGUGAUCCUCCUGCCUCAGCCUCAGUCACCUGAGUAGCUUGGGUAGCUAGGACUACAUACUGGCACUAAUGUGCCUUUGGUAAGGUUCCCCCCAACUCUGGCGGUACUGAGUAUUGAACCCUGUAUACCCAGUUGUUUUUAUUUUUUGAUAUAGGAUCUCACUAACCUCAAACUUGCAAUCCUCUUCCCAAAUUGCUGGGAUUACAGGCAUGUGCUAUCAUACUCAGCACUAAGGUCACCUUUAUAGAUUUUCCCUUUCUCAAAAAAUGCUCAUACAGGAUGGAAUAGAAUCUUUGAAACUGGAAACAUCCCAAAGAUCUAAUCUAAUCUCCCCACUGCCGCAUUUCCUCAGUAUCUCAAUAGGUUAUCACUUGCUUUCUGCCAAGUAUUUUUAAGACAUUUUAUUUCAUUUAGAGUUGCACUGAUGUUUACAAAUUGCUUCUUAAAUAUUUUAAGAUGAAUUCUAUUUUCUCAGUAUUUUUUUUAAGACAAGGUCUUACUAUGUAGUUCAGACUGGCCUUGAGCUCACUAUGUAGCCCAGGCUGGCCUCAAAUUCACAGUGAUCCUCCUGCCUCAGCAUCCUGAGUGUUGGGACUACAGGCAUGCACCAUCACACCCAGCUCAUCUUCUGACUGCAGUCUGCCAUUGUAAAACCUUUCAAAAUCUUUGACAGGAAGUCCUACUAAAUUCUUUAUAUUGUCUUUUAACAUUUGACACAACUUCUGGACCCCAUGACAUCCUGUCAAAAAAACAAAUUGCUAGUCAGUAUCUCCUAAAUGUUAUUCUACAUGAUUGUACUUACAGUAGAAGCCAGAUUGUUUCCCAAGGAGUAAGCUGUGUUCGUUAAAGGGUCCUCCAGCCAGACAGGCCCAGAGAGGUGAGGUUCUCUUGCGCUUUCUCCGAAAGCUCACAGGCUGUCUCCGAAGAGGCUCAUAAGUAGAAGCUGGAUUGGUGAAGUGUGUAGGUUGUCGCCCAGAAUCCUUUGGUCCCUCUUGGGUAGAUGCAGUCUCACUUUAUAAGUUUCCCUGCAUGUUUUGUUAAUCUUGAUCAGAAUAUCUGGAAAAUUAGCCAUUUGUUAGUUUUAAAUACAAUUCAGAGAAUUCUUGUCUUAGAAAAAGAUGUGAUGUACCCUUUGGACAUCUUACUCAGGGGCCCUGCAUACUCUAGUAUUACUGGGUAGUUUCAUCUCUGUGAAUGGGUUUGUGUGAAAUGCCUAGGACUUACCUGGCACACGGUGGGUACUGUUUAUUGUUGUCACCAUGUAUGCAGAACUGAGUCACGAAGGUACCUCAGUGUGCCUUAAAAUGUGCCUUAAAAUUGUCUUUGUCUUUAUACUUUUGGAUUCUAGAGUCUCUGCCUGGGCAACCUUUGCAUGUUUUCUUAUAGUGACCCUGUGCCUGUAGUCUGCCAGUGGACACACAGUUUUCAUCUUUUCAUCUGGGCACAUUUUUCCUGGAUUCCAGGGCAUUAUUUUUCACUCUGUAUUUUAAUACAUUUGCCUGAAAAACUGCCCUAAAGCAUCAAACUUCUCAUUCCUUCAAAAAUUAUCACCAAGAAUAGCUUAGCCUGGUUCAAAAGCAGUCUGUUUCUUAUUUCAUCUUCAAAACAGACUUCUGGCCAAGAUGUUCUUUAUAGCAUGCAGAUGGAACAGAGCUGAUGAUGUCCUCCAAGGAGCUGUGAGGAGCUCUUGAGAACCACUGUGACACUGUGGCUUUUGCCGGCUGCAGCGGCGGCCACUGCCACCACCAUAUACAGACAGAUUUUGCAUGGCAGCGUCCCUUCUGACCUGCUUCCCAAGGUCUUCAAACCUAUGCAAUGAAAUUCCUUAUUUUAUUACUGAGCAGAGAUUGGUGUCCUGGAGAGGGACCAUAAUUAAAACUAAAAAUCUGGUACUGUGAUGAAGAUGUCAUAAUUUAGGAUUAAUAAGAUUUGCUUGUUUUUUCCAUAAAGUCCAGUGCACCAGUAACAAAGGGUAAAGUACUUUGCAUUUAAUCAGCGUUCUAAUGUUAAUUUUAAAACAGCAAUUCUAAUAGAAAUGUAGUAAGUAUUUCUAAUUUUUACCUCUAUCAAAAAAACAAAUUUAUGACCAGCAUUAAAAAUAAACUCUCUUGGGGCUGGGGAUUUUAGUGGCAUAAGCGCCUGCCUUGCAAGCAGGCAGUUGUGAGUUCGAUCCCCGUACCGAUAAAAAAGAAAAAGACAAAAAAUAAACUCUCUGGAGCUGGAUGUGGUGGUGUACACUUGUAAUCCCAGCACCCGAGAGGCUGAGGCAGGAGGAUCAUUGUCAGUUUGAGACUAGAGUGGGCUAUAAAGUGAACUCAAGGCCAGCCUGAACUGCAUAGAGAGACCCUGUCUCAAAAAGACAAAAAAAGGGGGGAUGGGGAUUUAGCUCAGUGGCUCAAGCGCUUGCCUGUUAAGCAUGAGAUUGUGAGUUUGAUCCCUGGUACCAAAAACAAACACACAAGACAAAAACAAAAACCCUGUCUUAGAAAGUUCUGUUAACAAGUGAAAAUGAAUGGAGCAGCACCUCAGUAAUCUUUAUUUUAGUAAUAAAAACUUUUCAAUCGACA